GAAAGCAGCGUCUACAGUCUCGGCCAGCCGGAGACGCUACGGCUACAUUUCUGCAUUAAAGACGUGGCUUAAUGUCUGUUUAGGGGAAGGGAAGCGGGUUGCGUGGCUAUAUUUUCACUUCUUCUGGGUUCCCAACUCAAAUCCAGGCAGGAAAGACGCGGACUGUUUGCAUCACUUCUUCAAAGUUAUAGUGAUGUUUGAUUAAUGCUGCAUAUCUUUAAAAGUUCAGGCACAGUCAUGGCUGAUUUGGAAAUUCAGACACUUUGCAUGGAAAGUUAUGGCUCUCGAUCGGCUCGGCGUUACCAGGCCCUCCCUAAUGGAAAGCUAAGUUCUGUGGAAGAUGCCUCUGAGGCCUGGCACUUUCGUUCACUCCAUCAUAUCUUCAUGUCCAUCUUCCUGCCCCAAGGUUAUCCUGAAAGUGUGAGCGCGGACUACCUCCCCUACCAGUUCUGGGACACCAUCCAGGCCUUCGCAAGCAGCAUCACGGGGACACUGGCCACCCAGGCAGUGCUGAAAGGGGUGGGGGUCGGGGAUGAGACCUCCACCGUCGCAGCUGCCACUAUCACUUGGAUUCUGAAAGAUGGAACAGGAAUGUUGGGCCGAAUCGCUUUCGCUUGGAGCAAAGGGAGCAAACUGGAUUGUGAUGCUAAACAAUGGAGACUCUUUGCUGAUGUGCUCAACGACGUGGCCAUCUUCAUGGAGAUCGUGGCGCCCGCUUUCCCAGGAUGCUUCACGCUCAUUGUCUGCGCUAGUGGCUUUUUCAAGUGCAUUGUGGGUGUAGCUGGUGGGGCCACCCGUGCAGCUCUCACCAUGCACCAGGCCCGCCGCGACAACAUGGCCGAUGUAUCAGCCAAAGAUGGAAGCCAGGAGACCCUAGUGAACUUAGCUGGCCUACUCUUCAGUCUUUUCCUGAUCCCUCUUGUAGUGGACAAUCUCCUCCUCACCUAUGUCCUCUAUGCUCUCUUCACCAUCCUCCAUCUCUACGCCAACUAUCAAGCAGUGCGGGCAGUUUGCAUGGAGACCGUUAACCGUGCCCGGCUCCAUCUGGUCUUGCAGCAUUACUUGAAGUGGGGAGAAGUUCCUGGUCCUGCUGUCAUCAAUCCUCAGGAGCCCCUUCUGCUAGGAUUUCGUCAGCAGCUCAAAAUAACUCUUGGGGCUCCUCUUCAUGCAGUGACCUCCAGUGUUGCUGACUUCCAGAAAGCUCUUGAAGGCAAUGCUUCAAAUUACUUAAUUUUCUUCAACCGACCAGCAGGGUUGAUCUCUAUCCUGCUCCAUCGGCAAGCAGUCAGUGUGGAUGUGAUUAAAGCUUACACCCACGGCCUUCUUCUGGAGGUCUUGCUGUAUCAAGAUAUGGAAACCUGUGCCUUGGAAAGAAGGUCCCUCCUGAAUCUGCAACAUCAGUUAUGUAAAGAAUCCAGUAAAGAGGAUCCCAGGAUACAUUCCGAAAUGCAUCAGUUCUUAGACAGGAUAUUUCCAAAAUUCCUGGCAGGACUGUCAGCUGCCGGAUGGGUAACCGAUCGGAACCUCCUGGGCCCUGAGGAGUGGCGGCUGGAAUGGCUCGGCACUGAGAAGAAGAUCCUCUGAUUCUGAUUCUGGGAGAAUUUUUAUGCCAAUAACCUGAUUUAUUCAAUCCUAGAAAAGGGGGGAUCCUGGUUUCCUUGGGGUUGUCUUUUAAAAAGGCAACUGUUGAUUUGGAUUUGCCUUGCCUCACUUUACCUCUCUUUAAUUGUAAAAUAAUGAUGAGGUGCACAACAUAAGAUCUAACUUCUUUCCAAUUAAAUUUUUUUAAAUGUGAUGAAGUGUUUACGUAUUUUGCCUUUGGGAAUAAAACUAAUAUAUAUUUUCAGA